CGUAAACCUAACAAAAACUGAUCCCCUCCCUCCCUCCACAACAAAACAAAUCUCCUUCCCCUUCCUCUUCCUCCUCCCCUCUCUCCUCUCCUCCCGUUCCAUCGCCGGCGCCGCACCCUCGAAUUCCGCCAUGCCGAAGGGCGCCAAAAAGCGUGCGAAGCUCAAGAAGAAGCAGCAGGGGGGCCAGCCUGCCGGGUCCAACGGCGGCGCCACCACCACCACCAACGACAACGGAAGCAAUAACUCGAGCCACGGCGACGCCGCCAGCGAUGGAAACCACCUACCAAUCAAACUUAACAUUCCUCCCGUGGAUGCGAGCGAGGAUUCGAUGGAGAGCUCCGAGGAGAUGGUGACGCCGAGGGCGGAGGCGGCCGAGGAGGAGGAGAAGAAGGGCGCCACGUCGGAGGUGCCGGUGGAGCGCGCCGUCGAGGUCGCUGAUGAGGGCGCCACGGGGGAGGCCGGGGAGGAGGUCAUGGUUGACGCUUUACCGCCUGAAGCUGCUGACCGGGAGCAAGAGGGUAAGGUGGAUGCGAGGGCGGAGGCGCAUGCCGUGGUGCAGGAACCGGAGGUGCAGGAUAUCGUGGUGUCCGAAGCACCUGAGGUGCUGGAACCAGAGGUGAAGAGCGAGGAGGCGGUGAUCCGGGACACAGCCAAGGUGCAUCCUGCGCAUCAACCGGGGACGAAGGCUGAGGAGGUGGUGGUCAGGGAUGCGGACACGGCUGCUGUGGUGCAGGAACCGGAGGCAAAGGGUGAGGUGUCACGGUCUCGUGAGCCAGCUGCUGCGCAUACUACAGAGGUGGUACGCGGACCGGCGGUGGCGGUGGCUGCUUCGGGGCAUCGGGCAAAAUGGUGGAAUUGCUGUGGGAUUUUGGAAGUCUUUGGUGGUUCAGAGAGAUAGAUGGAGGUACAUGAAUUGGAAGGAACGUGGAAAGCAAGACGGCAGAAGAUGCAAACUUGUGCAAAGCUGAUGGGUAUCUGUAACUAGGCUCGUUGAGUGCUCACACAGAUGAUGGAGUUGAAGGAUUUCGAAUGACAUCGAGCUGAUGUUUCUCUCCACCCGUGUUUUCCGUGUCUUGCUGUGCAAAGUUACAUUGUAUUGGUUGUGGUUAAAAUCCUGGGUGCAGUAUUCUGAGUAUUACCCCUUGUCUAGCAUGUUUUAGGUUCUGCUGUCCUUGUAGCAUAUGAGUUAAAAAGUUGGUCAACAGUGAAAAUUUUGGUCUUUAUGUUCUAUAAUUAUUUGUCGGGAGGUAUCGUCUGUUACGUCCCUUUUAA